AAAAAAUAAACUCCAACAGACUCCCUAAAUAAAGCUCUCAUUUUAGAUGGUCUCUCGAGUUAACACCUAAGUCCUAAUAGGAGCCUCCCAUCUCGCCCCCCACGCACCGCCCUGCCGCCGCGCCGGCCGCCGCGCCUCCACCUCGUCGCCUGCACCUCCGCCCCGCCUGCAGACGGCCGGGGGGUAGCCCGCGCACGGCGGCUGGAAACCCACGUGACGCGCGGGCGCCCGUCUCGCCGGCCGCUCCCAGGUCGCCGCCCGUUCCCAGGCCGGCAGCCCGAUGUGUCGAACUCCGCCGCCCGGGGGCCGCCCCCGCUCCGCGCGCGGAGCACGACGCUCGUGCCCCGCAAGGACCGGCUCGCAAGAAGGUGGCCCUGCAGUGGAUCGCCAACGACUCGACCCACUGCGUGACCUUGAAGAAGCGCCGCAAGGGCCUGAUGAAGAAGGCGAGCGAGCUGGCCACGCUGUGCGAUGUCGUCGUGGACUACGACGGCGAGGGUAAGGCGCGGCCGGAGGUGUGGCCGGAUGCCCUCGGCGCAGCGGAGCGCAUCGCCGCCCGCUUCAAGGCCGUGCCGGAGCUGGACCAGUGCAAGAAGAAGCAGGACAUGAAGGGCUUCCUCACACAGAGCAACGACGAGCUCAGGGAUCAGGCUGCGCAAGGCGCAGCACGAGAACCGGGAGCAAGGCACAUCUAAGACUGAAUUUUGUUGAAAAAAUUCUAUAGUUUAUUAUUAUGAAGUCUGAACUGAAUGUUAUUCAUUACUGAAUGUUAAAAUGGGUUGAAGCAAUAUUCAGUUGUGUGCUUUUCUGGAAUGCAUUUGUGCACAGUUCUACUGUGAUGUUUCUUUUGUGUAAAUUUAACCUCUGCAUUGUUCAGAGCAA